AUGGCGCGUCCCUCACCCCAAGAAUUCACCGUCGUAACCAACUGCUUUACCAUAGACAGACUACCUCAAAAAGAAUAUCUUCAGUAUGACGGUACGUUUCACAAUAUUUCGACGUCGUUACAGCAAAGUUACGACUUAUCUAGCAUAAGCCCUCAAGUCGACCGAUUCAAGACGCGACAGGCUAUUCUUCGUAAGCUCCAGAAUGACAUCGCACCGUCCAUAUUUUGCCCAAAGGCAAUAUACGACGGAGAUGCGAUUCUAUACGCGUCAAAAGAUCUCGAGCUACCUUCUGGAGGCAAAAGUUCUUUUCUAGUAAGCCUUUCGAACCAACACCAAAGUACCGUCACAGAAGGCACUCGAGGAGUAUAUGCGAUUACUUUGACCAAAACUAUCGGACAGACCAUCAAACCUAGCGAUUUGAGAGCGUUGAUGAUAGACAGAAAGACAAGCCCGAAGACCGCUACAGCAACAAAUCUUCUACAACUCUUGAUCGUACAGGAGACGAACCAGAAGAACCCGCACAAUAACCGUGCAUUCUUUAGCGAUACCAAUAAGCGUGUCGUUGGAGAUGGUCUGGAAUUUUGGCGGGGAUUUUUUCAAUCUGUGCGCCCUUCGACUAGCCAGAUGCUAAUCAACAUCGACAUUACAAUGACCGCCAUGUACCAGAGCGGGAAUGUCAUCGACGUCAGCCUAUCACAUCUCGGCAGUCGUCAAGUGCGCGACCUAACCUUCAGCACCAAAGACGCCAAGUUUCGUUCCCUGUCAAUUUUCCUCAAGGGCCUUGAGAUCCGGUGUAGAACCACGGGAAGUCGAACGAGGUUCGUAAGGGAACUUGUCGCAAGGGGAGGUCGGUAUGAGUUCGAGAAGGAUGGGCACAUGACCACUGUCGGCGAAUACUUCCGAUCUGCGCACUCGACCAGCAUUCAGUUCCCUGACGCAUUUGGAAUCCUGACUUCGGGGAAAAACGCAUCGCAUCCUGUAGUCUACCCCGCCGAGUUAUGCACUAUCGUACCAGGUCAAUUGUACAAAAAGCGACUCCCGAACCACCUCACGAGAGAGGCAGUCUCUUUUGCUACCAUGGCCCCGGAUGUGAGGCUCAAAGCGAUUAUGGGAGAUGGCGACAGUGGUCGAGGAAUCGUCUCUCCAAUCCAAGGGUACAGAGAUUCCAAGUACAUCCAGGAGAGCGGCAUGCAAAUAUCCAGGUCACCACUAUUCAUCAAGGGAAUAAUGCUGCCUACGCCUAGGAUCACGAUGGGUCGAGCCGAUAUCCGACCCAACAACGGUGCCUGGAAUCUCCGUGAUCAAAAAUUUAGCUUCGGCACCAAACUCGGGCUAUGGGGCGUGCUCAAUUUUAUCCCCAGUCUGAACGAGCGGCUUUGCAGGACCUAUGUAGAUGCGCUACAUCAACAGUGUUCAUCACUGGGCAUGACUAUGUCAGCACCAGUUGCCAUCAAGUCAGGAAGUGAGAACAAUGUAUUCAGGGAAAUGAACGACCUGGUAGAGAUCAUUUAUCAAAAAAUAGGCCGAAAGGACAAUAUCCAGAUGAUCCUUGUAAUGUUGCCGGCCCGAGGCGACCCGGUCCAUACGCAAGUCAAACAAUGGGGUGAUGUCCAGACUGGUGUUCCCACACAGUGUCUUCGAAGCGAGAAAAUCAUAAAUGCGAACGUUCAAUAUUGGGCAAACGUUGCGCUGAAGAUAAACGCACGUCUGGGAGGAUACAACCAUCGUGUGGGAUCGGCUGCAUUCGACGAAAUAUCCAAGAAGCCAUUCAUGAUCAUGGGUGCCGACGUGUCCCAUGCCAGCCCACAAACUUUCCGACCUUCAGUCGCCUCCCUCGUCUGGUCGCGCGACCAGCAUGCCUCCCAAUACAUCGCUUCUACCCGGAUCCAGCACCCCCGGACCGAAGGCAUCGUCGAGCUCAAGGAUAUGGUCAAGUCCGCAGUGCUGCAGUUCAGCUCCCGAAAUUCCGUGCCCGAGCGCAUAUUUUUCUUCAGGGAUGGGAUUUCCGAUGAAGAAGUCGAUAGCGUCGGGGCGAAAGAGGUGGGUGAUAUAGAGGAAGCGCUGAAAGAACUGUGGCUCGAGAAGAAAUCGAGGCUACCGUUGCCCAAGGUAACGUUCUUAGUUGUGGGGAAACGACAUCAUGUUGUGUUCUUCCCCAAGGAUGGAGGUCUUAGGGAUAGGACAGGUAAUUGCAAGGCAGGCUUUGUCACAACGGGAGGGCUGGAGAGCCCUCUGUUCAAGGAUUUUUAUCUGCAGAGUCAUGCUGCUAUUAAGGGCACUUCAAGGUCGAGCCACUACAUUGUGCUUAAGGAUGAGAAUUUUGGCAAAAACCUUGAGAAGCUUCACGACCUGUCUUACAUGCUCUGCCAUGUCUACUCGAAAGCCACGAGGUCUGUUUCCAUUCCGGCCCCGGUGUAUUAUGCACACCUUGUCUGCACGCGCGCAGCGUAUCAUUUCCCAGGCGAGAUGCACUUCUUGAAUGACGACACGGAGUCCAUGGCAAGUACAGAUACUGGGCGUACGAAGAGGAAGGAAUUCGAUCUAGAGCCAUGGCAGAGAGAGUGGAAACCGUUGAACGGAAAUAUGGCGUGGUCAAUGUAUUUUUUAUAG